AAUUUGUCGAUUUGAAAUUUUUGAUUGUUUGGUGAACUCUGUGUAAGAAAAAGUUUUGUUUUGUAUUUUGUGUUUGGGUUUCUCUGCAGUUUAACUAAUUUUCUUGAAGUAUUCUUAAACUGGAGGAUUUUAAGUUAUAUUGGCUAUCAUUUUGAUUAUGAUCGUCAGACAAGCCGUGUAAUUGAGUGAAUAAAAUAGAGCCUGUAAAUAAUAAUAACUUUGGUACUUGAUUCGUAUUAAGAGAGUUAUUAAAUGAGAAUCAAAAAAUUGGCAAAGUUACAUGGAUAUUAUAAAGUGAAACGAGAUAUAUCAUGGAUAAUAAGGCUCAUAAUAUUCAAUUAUCAACGAAGGCGAAGCCAAUUCGUGAAUUGCUACCAGAGCUGAAAGGCAUAAUAUCAAAGGAUUGUAUGAGGACCCUAAUGGCAGCACAACCAACCCCCAGAAGAGUAGAUCUUAAACCACUUUCAUAUACUGAAAUGAGAAAUGUUUUAAUGGAUUUAAAAGAUGAGACUACAGUCAAAUCUACCCCAGCAGUUAAUCAAAAUAGAAAAAGUAGAUGGAACUCUUCUGUUAAAUUACCAAAAACUGAGCCAAAACCUGCCACUGGCAAAGAGAACUCCGUUAGAAAAACAUUGAAAUUACAACCAAAACCAAUGGCUUUUGGAAAUCCAGUAACACCAAAAGUUUCUAAACCAGUUUGGAAUGGGAAAAAGAGCAUUGUACCAGAUAAAAAUGGUGUCCGCAUCAGUGGUGUUUAUAGGAUACCAGAAACUCCUACAAAUAAAAACAACUUAUUGUAUAAGAGAAAAACUCUUUUUAACAAAGAGAAUGAUGUAAGAAAAUUAAAAACAGAAAGUAACUUCCAAAAACCUCUAGAAGGAAUUCAAGAUGUACCAUUAUCUAAUAUAUCUUCAACAUCCAGUUGUGACACAAGUUUUCUACAAACAGAAAAGAAAAUACAAGAUUUAAUAAGUAAAACUGAGGCAAAACCUUUUAAAGAAGCGGGUCCUACAUUAGAAGAUAUUGAAGAAGUCUCUCCAAUAUUAUCAACACCUCCAAAGGAAAAUAGCAGGAAAGAAGAUUUACAUUUCAAUAAUAAUAAUAAUACAGAAAAACUUAUGUGUAAUUCAAUAAUAUGUUUCGAUGUUGUUAAUCAAAGCAAUUUAAAUUGUAUGCAACUUAACGAUUUAUUAAAACUGAAAGAGCAAAAUGAGAAUAAAAUCAAGAUAAUGGAACAAUAUUUAAAAACGAUGAUGGAACAACAAAAAUAUAUUGACAAAAUCAUCAAUGAGAAGAAAAUAGAUUCUGAAAAUACAAAACAUGAUAAAGAGAACACAUGUGAAGAUAAAUUAGAUAAUCAGAAAUUAGACGCUCAAAGCAAAAUUGUAGCAAUACCUUGUUCAGUCAUCAAAUCACCUACAAAAUCACCAACAUAUAAGAUACCAAGAAAGAAUUUGUGUUUAAGAAAAAAGGUAUUCCACAAAUCUAUGCCAAAUAUGUCUAGUUUACAAUCACCUAGCAAAGACAACAAAGCUCUCUCUAUUUAUAUGAAAAUGAAAGAACAGAUGAUAUUUUUAAAUACGCCAAUAAAAUCCAAAAAUAUAGAAGAACCAAAUACACCCGCUGUGACGUCACAAAAUCUACAAAUGCAGUUAGACAAAUUGUAUAAUUGUUCAUAGGAAUAACAUUCAGAUCUACAUGAAAU